AGAUCCCAACCCUAACCGCCGCCCCGGAUCUGCCUCGCCGCCGGCGCCGCCAUGGCGUGCCUCGCGAUCUCUCUGCAGCCGGUCAACGGCCCGGACAUCCUCCUCCAGACGCGCUCAUGGUUCCCGGUCUCCCGCGCCCUCGCCGCCGUCUCCGCCUUCCGCCUCGCGCGCCUCCACCUCGCCCGCGGCAAGCAGCAGCAGCAGCCCGCCUCGCUCGACGCCAUUGGCGACGACCCGCUGGCAGCCGGCUCGGGGCAGCUCGUCGUGGGCGUCGAGUCGCAGUACCGCGUCGUCUACCGCCUCGUCAACUCCAUCUACGUGCUCGGCGUCACCACCGCCGCCGACCACGCCUCCCCCGCCGUCCACGCCUUCGCCGUCGCCGACGCCGUCAACCAGGCCGUCGACGUCGUCGUCGCCGCCUGCCGCGGCAUCGACGUCACUCCCGAGAAGGUGCACCGCAAGUACCCGGAGGUCUACCUCGCCCUCGACCUCGUCCUCCACGGCGUCGGCUCCGUGCGCCUCACCCAGAUCCUCGCCACCAUCCACGGCGACAACCUCGCUCGCAUGGUCAACUCCUCCCCCGACGCCGAGGCACGCGCCCGCGGUGCUGAUUCCUGGCCCACCGUAGAGCACCUCGCCCAGGACCGCCAUGCCGCUCGUGACGCCUUCAACGGCGCUUCGUUCGAGCUCCCCAUGGAGACCCUCGCUGCCGGUGACGAGUUCUCUGCUUCCAGCCUUGCGCCUACAGCUGCUGCCGCUACUGGGGACGAGGCACCGCCUGAGGACGCGCCUCCCAUUGAGAAGGACCCCUUUGCAGCUAGCGACAUGAUCAGCAAGCCAGAGGAGGCAUUGGUUGGUGGGUUCAAGAAGAACAAAGAGACUGCCCUUGUGGUUGCUGAUCCCGCUGCUGCACUUGCUGGGCUGGAGGUCACCACUUUGCCGCCAGCUGAGGCCACUAAGCCGACACGUAUUGGUGUUGAGGGAUUUGAGGGCGACUACGGUGGAAUUGAGUUCGGUAACGACGAAGCUUCCCUGGCUGAGGCAUUUGAAGGGUUCAAUGCGCCAUUCGGGGGUGGGCUAGAUGCUUCGGAGUUUGUUACCACUACCAAGAAGGAUCACAAGGACAAGAGCAUCACUGGUCUUGAGCUGCUAGAAAUGAAUAGUGCCCAGGCACGGAAUGCCGCUGCUGGUUCGCCGCUUGAGAACCUGUUGGUUACCAAGAGCACAGAGAUGACCAUCCCUGAGCUGUGCAUCGUGGAGGAGAUCAAUGCAGAAUUCAAGGAGUCUAUUCUUGCACGGGUUGGUUUGAAAGGUACAUUAUUUCUGCGGACGUUACCACCAAAGAAGGCAGCUGGGAGGGACACAGAGUUCUCAUUCCGGCUUGAGGGUACUUCUGGAAUGAAGAGGGCCGCCUUGCAGAGUACCGUGUUGAGUAGCCUCGAGAAUGGCCUGUUCCAUGUGAAGACACCAUCAAAGGAGGAGCCCAUCCCCAUCAUGAAGUACAGCUUCCUUCCCAAGCACUCACCUCUCCCUUUGAGGAUUCGCCUUGUAAAGCGCCAUAGUGGUACAUUACUCUCGCUGAUGAUACAUUAUGCGUCGAACCCAAUGUUGCCGCAGCCGCUGAGCAAUGUUACAUUUAUUGUUAAGCUUCCUGUGGAUCCGACUCUGCUUACUGUUUCGCCCAAAGCUGUGUUGAACCGGGCAGAGAGGGAGCUCAGGUGGCACAUCUCAGACAUCCCUCUGAAAGGUCCUGCUGGACGGUUGAGAGCACGGAUGCCUGUAGAUCAAGACUCCAAGGAUGGUGAACUAGAGGUUGUUGGAAUGGUCAAGUUUGCUUACCAAGGGCCCUUCACAUUGUCUGGCAUCAAACUCUGUCCAGCCGUCAAUAGCACUUCCCAGUUUAACGAAGUUGGCCACACCUUCUCCAGUGGGAGCUACCGCUGCAUCUGAUUUGGUACCUUCUCUGUAUUGUAGCUGUUACUUUACCCCAUUUUCAUUUUGCUUCUACAACAGGGUGUGAAAUUCAUAUUGUAUGUAGUGAAGUUUAUUUGUUUUGUGAGGCUGGAAUUUAAAGAUGUUUUUGAGUUGUCUAUUAUUAUCUCGGUAAUGGAUAUGAUAGCUGUGAUUAUUGAUCAA